ACGUUAAAAACUAUGGAGAAAGUAAAGAAGAGCUUGCAGAAACUCAAAGACGGGAUAGAAGCGGCCGAACAGCGAGAAACAGACGCAAAGAAUGCCAUUAAGGAGUUAGACGCGAAAGUUGACAAGUUUCACGGUGAGAAGACUACAUUGGAAAGUCGAAUUAAAGUAGUCCAGGAUCAGAUUGAUAAGAUCGAGGCUCGUCUCGAAGAGAGCGAAAAGAAACUUCAAGCAGCCAUCGAUAGAACCGAACACUCUGAGGUACGUCGAAAGGAAUUAGCCGAAACUGAAGUCGAUGAUUUCGAGCGAUCGGAAGAGGUCGAGAAUGCCUUAAAGGCGACGGCGAUAGCGAAAGAAAGUGCGGGUCAAUCCGUUGUUGAAUCCAAGCGUAAAGUUGUCGUUUUGACGGGCGAUGUGAAGCGAGUGGAGGAGCGAUACGAAGUUGCUAAGAAUCGCGAAGAUGCGCUAACAGAGCAACUGGAGAAGCUCAAAGAGGAUAUCUUCUUGUUAGAAAACAGCGAUCGCGACGCGUCUGACCGCGAGAACGAGAGCGAAGUAAAGAUCAAGUUCUUAGAGACGCAACUCGCCGAGACGAAAAGCACCAUCGAGUCACACGAGAGGAACGUGAGGAAACAGGAGCGAUUGCAUGAUACACUACGAGAUGAAAUUGAAACCUGGGAGGGAAAACGCGAAGAGGUUCGUCAUGAGAUGGAGGAAGUGGCGGGCACACUGCUUGAAGGUGAUUUUUGAUUUUUGAGUUCAUUGAAAUAUCGCAAGGAAUUUUAAAAAUUUGAAUAGCUGUUGAUUCGCGCAAGACCCCAGUUGAUAGCGACUCCAGCAGGAGAUUUUAUUGACAAUAAUCAAAACUUGGUUUAGCUCAUACAUGUAUUAAUAUGUAGUUUGUAAAGUUAUACAAAUUCACCGUAGGAAUUUAUUCAAUUUAGAUACUGUAUGUAGAAUCGUGGAAAAUGCUUUAUAGAUGUUCACACUUUGCUAUAUCACAGAGUAAUACUAUGCAAUAAAGCGUUUUCUGAUAUUUAAUAGUUAGCCAAGAGAUAUGUUUAUUUCUUUGAAUUCAGGCACAUUUAUAUAUGAUACAAUUCAAAAAUGUAUUUACACGUAUUUUUAUUUUUGUCUUCUUGGUGAGCAAACGGAAAUUUCACAAUUGAUUUCAAGUGAGUCAUAUUCUUGUCACUUUGUCAUGUCUGUGGUCAUUGCCUAAGGUAUUAAUUCCAAUUUAACGCUGAUUCAAUGCGUAAGGCUCAGGAGGAAUCAGGCUCAGGAGUAAUCAUGAGGAAUGCCCCUAUUUACAAGGAUUACUCUCCUCUGGGUUUUUUUUUUGGCAUAACAGCGAUCAUGAUAUCAUUGAUAGGUCGCUAUCGGACUACCUUUGAACCAGCAAUUACAUGCUAAUUCCUAAAUUUGGCAAUUUUCAUCUAUUCGGUUUGUUUGUACUAGCAAUAUUGUUCGAGUGGAUAUAUUUUGAUUAUGUCUCGAUGGAAUGUCAACUUUGUUUGAUAUCCUGGGUGCAUACCGCAAGAAGGGUUGCGAAAUUCCGGAAUACAUAAUAUGCCUUUACCUCCCACAAGAAUUUGAAUGAGGCACAUGAUGAUAUUAGACAAGGAUUGGUUUGUGGUCUGGAUUAGGUGGUUACAACUACGAAAGUUGGCUGGUAGUGGCGAAUGAGAUUACUGGGAUUAGAUUUAAGGAUUAUGCUAACGAUUGGGUUUGGUUUUAAAGAGAGAGUGGGUUAAGUAAGGCUGGAGUAAUGUCAGGCUUUGAUCGGAAUUAUGGUAAAAAUCAGGGGUUGAGUUUCCGAUGAUUUGGAUAUGAAAAUCGAGUUGAACUAAUCAUUAAUACAUACCAGAAAUAGAUACUAGAAAUAGACUCAUGCUCAUCAGCUUAGAAAGAAAGAUACGAGCACUAGAAGAAUAC